AUGGACUGCCUAGACGAGCCAUUACAUCUUCAAAUCCUUACUUCCCUCGCGUCAAGUUACGCUCAAGACGCCAAGACCACGGAAGAUGAGAACUCCAUUUCAGUAUUGUUGGAUGGGCUGCCAAACAAUACUCUCAGUGCGAAUGAUGUGGAGGAGUUGAUACCUCACGACGAAGACGAUUGGACCGAAUUCGAGAUCAACCAUGCCAUCUCCUAUGCCCAUUACGUUUCCUCCCUUCCUCUCACAUCACCUCAUCUCGGCGAAUCAUUAUCGAGGUUGAAUGCACUGCUUUUCGGUCUUCUUCGCCAUGCCAACCCUUCUCCGAGUGGAGAUAACAGUCCAUCAUCAUCUUAUAGAAGCUUGGAGGCUGGUGGUCUUGGAUCCAAUAGUCAUGCUCAACUUUGCGAGGGCCUGCUCAAAGCGCUCUUGUGGGUAGCAUGGGGUAAAGCAAAACUCAGAGACGAUAUCGGAGGAGUGCUGGAGGAUUUUGUAGAGAAGAUUGAAGGGUUGAUGAGUGGAUCUACUGGAAUAACAUUCCCGCUAGUCCUUCUUCACUGCUUGCAUUCAGUCAUCUCACACUGCCCUUUACCCCCUUUCCCUACAAGGACCAUCGCGUCGAUCGUGAAGUCUCUCUUAUCGAUUGCUUCACCUGGUAAUCUAAUCAAAUUGGUUCAUCAAUCCACUUCGGCCGCUUCAACCCCUCAUAUUCGUAUGCCACCUACCACUCCAUUCACUACUCCUCAUCCGAUCACUCCAAGUGGAGUAGUUAUGGCAGUCACCGAGAUCAUGAAUGUCCUCCUGUCAACUCCUUUACUCCCUUACACCAACGUAAGGGAAUAUCAGAAUGCUUUCGCUCACCAUUCAGGAGGCUAUCAUCAUCCUUUUUCUCAAACACACGGUCAAGAAGGUAAUGCACAUAUAUUGAAGAAGCACACUAAACAGUUGGUAGAUGAUGCAUUGGUGUUAGAUGAUAUCAAGAGAUUGUCAACAGAUGAAAAGGAUCAUGCUGUAUUAGAUCAAGCUACGAAAAUCGCGUUGAGAUGGUGGACCGACCUAAUGGGAGGAUCUUCACUCGUAGAGGAAACUCCAUACUCGAGAAGAGGUAGCUUGUUCAGUAUUGGAGGUCAACCCGAUGAAGAAGUAGAAUUGAUGGUAUCGGUAUUGUACCUCUUAAACAACCUAUCUUUACAUCAUUCUGAACCAGAUCCUACACACUUAGCUAGAUUGAAAUUGCUCCUAUCGGAAGACUCAUCAGUGGUUGAUCCGAGAGUUCUGGAAGCUUUAUUCAUCUGCACCUCGAUUCAGGUCAGAAAUGAUCGGUCCCUUGGGACAGCUAUGACUCAUCAUAUCCGACGACUUCUGCUCAGUCCCAUUCCCGCUUUCGAGGGUGAAAUGGGUGGUUCAGCCAGCUCGGUCCCACCGGCCGUGGUGGCAGCGUCAAAAUGCUUGGCUAUCUGUAUUGAGAUGUCUGCCAAUGAUGAUCUCACUUCAUCCACUUUAUACUCCUUACUCAAUACGCUUAGUCAUAGCACAAGUGUCCCAGGUGGCAUGUCAAUCCGGUCCACCACGCUGCAUCACCAUUUCAAGGGCGAAACAGAUGCUUCUACUGUGAAGACAAACGCGACAAGCAACAGAGCCACAGAAGAGCAAAGAAGAUUGGUCGCUGUAACCGCUGUUGAGGUAGUCUCUCGCUUAGCAUUAGAAAUAGGCAAAGAAGAUAUCAUUCACCUCAGUAUCUCAAUGCUGAUACAGCGACUUCGAGGCGUGGAUCUCACUACAGAAUCGACUAUCGUUACAAAUCUUGUGCCAUUGGCUCUUGCAGCUCCGAACGGAGACCUUGUGGAAGUCUACCGAGCAUUCUCUCAAAUUUCUCGAUCGUCCCACCCUGAAGAUCCGCGUAAUUCCUCUAACGCCGUUCUUGCUGCUCAAACUACAUUGGCUAAAGGUCUCGGUAAUCGGUUGGACUGUGCGGAUGGAUAUCUUGUUGAAUUACUUACCUUGUUUGCGGACAAAGGCACCCAGACUCAGAUGGUAGCUAUGGCCUCUCAUGGAUACGAUUCAAGGGAUAAAGAUGCUGUGGCUCAACUUAAACAAGAAGGUAUCAAGAGAGUAGGAGACAUGAAAGCUUGGCUUGCGGCUUUGCUCAUCCCGAUCGCCACUCUACUAUCGCAUAAAUCCUAUCACCCUGAUAGAAGUGCUACACCCGAACUUGUCGCACACUUUAGGAAUCUGUGGUUCCUCUGUGUGGUCUUUGGCCUGAGUGGACCAGAGGGCCAGAAACGUCUAUCGGAACAUGAGACCAACGCUUUGAGGACUGUUGCAGUCAAAACUCCCGCUUUGGUAUUGGAAAGCUCGAACGAUUUUGUAGCUAGUGGUUUGGCUUACAACUCCAUCCUACGGAAAGAUUAUGCUGCCUCGAUCCAACAAUCACAACGCGCUGCCCUCACACAGUAUCUACCUCAUCAGAGGCAUUCAUACGAUAUCCGAAAUAUGACUACACCUCAAACUACCCUGUUGAUGGCGAUCUCAGAUCUUGAAGAAGCUAGAACGACGAAAUAUCGACCGUCGGUGCUGCUCCAGUACUUCUGCAAUGAGUCAAUCAACGAAAGUCCUCUGAUUGGAUGUCUAGACGCUAUCGCUCAAAAGAUCACUUCGUCGUUCAUGAAACAGGUGUAUCUCCAAGUUGUCACUCAUUCAUUACCGCCGAUCGUGGCUGAUGAAGUGUGCAAAAUCCUUAUCGCUUGUACGCAUCGGAUGCGCAAAGUACGAGAAAUUGCUCUCAGCUAUGCUCGACAAUUACUCGAAACCUUCUCUGCAUUGUUGUGCGAUCGAAAAGUUGUGUUCACUCUGUUGGAGAUUUUGACCUUGAUGAGAAGGAGUUGCGAACUGCAGUAUACUGAUGAAUAUUCACCGGUAUACGACUUCACCUCAGAUAAGAUGGAUCUCACUUUACAUCUGACCGAUGACUAUGCGGUACGAAAUGAAAUCACCAGUCAACUUCAUUCAGUCACAAAACAUUGGUUGACGGUUGCGAUAUCUCGAGCACCCAUCGAAGUUCAAUCCACCCUUCAAUCGUAUUUGAACGAAUCAAGAGAUGUACUUCUGAUAGAUAGUGUGGAAAUGGGAGCUGGGUUGGCAUUACAUUUCUCCAAGACUAUCUCGAGAUUGGAUAGGCAAGAAACUAUCAUGCCUAGUAUCGGGGGAUGGCCAUCGGACUCUUCGAAUCUCGUUGCCAGUCAAUUCGCUUCAAAGAAUUACUUCAAUGGAGAAUUGAGCGGUGCAAGAUUAAUUCUUUCUCAAGGCUUGAGCAAUCUACAAGAAGGUUCACCUGCAAAUUCAUCGCCUGCCGAAUUGUUGGCAUUCAAAUCCCAACUGGCUCAGGCAACAUCAAACAUCCGGACGAAGAACAAACCAUUCAACGUUCCUGAGAUAAGACGAAUCUUGCUUAGAGCAGUUUCGGUGUUGAUAGCUUCACCAAAGAUGGAUAGAGAUAUCUUACACUAUCUUGUUGAGCUACCAAUGGCGGCUUUCACCCCUCUGGCUAUAGCUGCUGGCGUGGACGCCUGGACAUGGCUGCUGAGACAAAGACCUGAGGCUGAAGUUGCGAUCAUUGGCGCAAUCACUGGCGGCUGGCUGCAGACUAUCAGACAGCGAAAAGGUCUUUUCUCGACAUCUAUGAACUAUCGAGAUCCAUUCGGACAACCUGUAGAAUAUGCACCCUCCGACAAGAAGGUCUUAGAUCUGGAAUUGGCCAAAGCAAGGAAACUUCUUCGACCACAUUUACUCUUAGUGCAAGUGUUAUCGAGUCAAUUCCAAGCUAUCAAAUAUCGUGAAAGAGGUAUCAUAGUGUGUUUGAUCAGGUUGAUGAUGCGAAGUCUGAAAGCUCAUAAGCAAAUGAGUACUCAUCCACUGGCGAGAGAAGUCAGGUUCUCAUUACUGUUGUUUGGGUUCCAAAUGCUAGCUAGUAGUAGGAUGGAAGCUCUUCUUGAACUUAGGCUCAGAGAUAGAUUGUUCCAUGCUGCUUUCUCCUGGUUCGCUUUCAGACCUCAAUGGUCAUUUGGAAGCGAUAGGAUACAAGUGGGAGCGGAGAUCAAGUUGCUUCAAGAUCUAUUGCAGAUAGUCCAGGAAGAUAAGAUAAGAGGGGACCAUUCGACUUCAUCAUUAUCUGACAGAGCCCCUGCGUUCUUAAUCAGAGGGUCCUCAUCCAUGCACGAAUAUGAAUCGCAUCAUCGAGAUAGGGUGAAACUGCUACAACUGCUCAUCGAAAAUGAGAUUUCAAGGUUGAGUGUAUGGUGCAACCCCUUGAAUGAGAAUGGGAGACCUAAUGCCCCACCAACUGGGGCAUUGGAAAGGUCAAUCACAGGUGACGAGUGGACGCGAUUGGUUGGUAAAGGGUGGAAGGUCAAUCCAGCUAUGGCUAUCCACAUGGGCGAACGUUUCAAAAACGCGCCCGUUCAAGCUGAGAUCAGUCGAUUAGUCAAAUCCGAUCCAAAGAGCGUAAUUGAUGUUCCAGAAGCACUCCAUUUCUUACUUGGAGAUAGAUUAGAAAACAACGCUAAAGCUGCACUCAAGUGGUUACCUGUAUGGUCGGCUGUUCCUCCCGUGACUGCCAUAGUAUAUUUCCAGCCUCGUUAUGGCAAUCACCCAUUGAUUUUACAAUAUGCCAUGAGGGUGUUAGAACAACACCCAGUGGAAUUGACUUUCUUCUUCGUACCUCAGGUGGUACAAGCUCUGAGGGCAGAUGCCUUAGGCUACGUUGAACGAUUCAUAUUCGAAACUUCCAAGAUAUCUCAAUUAUUCUGCCAUCAGAUUAUCUGGAAUAUGAAGGCUAAUACAUAUAGGGAUGAUGAUGCUUCACAACCGGAUCCUAUGAAACCUCUUUUGGAUAGGAUGAUCGAUAUGAUCGUAGCUGGAUUAUCAGGAAAAGCUAAAGGUUUCUACGAUCUUGAGUUUACCUUCUUCGACGCUGUAACUUCCAUCUCGGGUAAACUGAAACCUUAUAUCAAGAAAUCUAAACCUGAGAAAAAGGCUAAAAUCGAUGAAGAAAUGGCUUUGAUUAACCUUUCGGUCGGAGUGUAUCUACCUAGUAACCCGGACGGUGUGGUGAUUGACUUGGAUAGGAAGUCGGGCAGGCCUUUACAGAGUCAUGCCAAGGCACCAUUCAUGGCAACUUUCAAGGUGCAGAAGGAACGUAUUGACUUACCAUCCGAUUCCAACAUUGAAAUUUCAGACGAAGCGAGAUUGGUAAAGACCAAGUAUGAUGUGUGGCAAUCUGCGAUCUUCAAAGUCGGAGAUGACUGUCGACAGGACGUCCUGGCCUUACAGAUUAUAGCGAUGUUCAAGAAUGUUUUCACAUCAAUUGGAUUGACUUUGUACCUCUUCCCUUAUAGAGUUACUGCCACUGCCCCAGGAUGUGGUGUCAUCGAUGUGGUUCCUAAUGCUACCUCUCGAGACGAAAUGGGUCGAGCGAAGAUCAACGAUCUUUUCUCAUACUUCGUUGAUAAGUACGGUGGAGUCGACACUGUCUCUUUCCAGAAAGCCAGACUCAAUUUCAUUCAGUCUAUGGCUGCCUACUCCGUCGCAUGUUAUAUACUGCAAAUCAAAGAUCGACAUAAUGGUAACAUCAUGAUAGACGGGGAGGGACACAUAGUGCAUAUCGAUUUCGGUUUCUUGUUUGAUAUUGGACCAGGAGGAAUCAAAUUCGAGCCCUCAUCGUUCAAACUCAACCAUGAGAUGGUAGCUCUCAUGGGCGGAAGGGAUUCUCAGGGAUACAAGAUGUUCACUGAAUUGACUGUCAAAGCGUUCCUCGCUAUCCGACCUCACGCGGAUCAACUGGUCGAUGCUGUUCAUCUCAUGUUAGGAACCGCAUUACCCUCAUUCAAAGGUGAAGGAACGAUAACGAGAUUGAAGAAUCGAUUCCAACUUCAGUUGAGCGAAAGACAAGCUGCGGAUUAUAUGAUGGGCGUGGUGGAGAACGCGAGAGAGAAUAUGCGAUCGAAUGUGUAUGAUGGGUUCCAGAAAAUACAAAAGUGA